AUGGAGACUGGAAACCACACAAUGGUGACAGAAUUCAUUAUUCUGGGAUUAACAAAGGAUCCUACACUUUGUUCCAUCCUCUUUGUAGUUUUUCUAGGAAUCUACAUUGUUACCAUGUUGGGCAAUAUUAGCAUAAUCAUGUUAAUCCAAAGAAGCCCUCAGCUACACACCCCGAUGUACCUCUUCCUGAGUCAUUUGGCCUUUGUGGACAUUGGGUAUUCCACAUCAGUCACACCUAUUAUGAUCGUGAGCUUUCUAAAAGAGAGAAUUACCAUUCCUGUCACUGGCUGCAUAGCCCAGCUUGGCUCUGAUGUUAUAUUUGGAACAGCUGAGUGCUUCCUGCUGGCCGCCAUGGCCUAUGACCGCUACGUGGCCAUCUGCUCCCCACUUCUCUACUCUGCACAUAUGUCUCCCAGGGUCUGUGUCAUGCUGUUAGUUGCUUCCUAUCUGGGCGGAUGUGUGAAUGCUUCAUCAUUUACUGGCUGCUUAUUGAGUCUGACUUUCUGUGGCCCUAAUAAAAUCAACCAUUUCUUCUGUGACUUUCUACCACUAGUGAAGCUUUCUUGUACCCAUAUUUAUGUUGCUGAAAUAUCUCCUGCCAUCUCAGCUGGGUCAAUUGUUGUAAUCACUCUGUUUAUCAUAGCUGUUUCAUACCUGUACAUCCUCCACUCGAUCCUGAAGAUGCGCUCAACGGAAGGCAGGCACAAGGCCUUCUCUACAUGCACUUCCCACCUUACUGCAGUCACGUUGUUUUAUGGGACUGUCACUUUUGUUUAUGUCACACCAAAGUCAAACCAGUCAUCUGACCAUAUUAAAGUGGUGUCUGUGUUCUACACGGUGGUGAUCCCCAUGCUGAACCCUCUCAUCUACAGUCUGAGGAACAAGGAGGUAAAAGAGGCCAUGAGAAAAUGGAUGGCUAGAACACCUUGGUCAUGUUGGAAGAAACUGUGUGAUUCCAGAAACUGCCAAAUGAUACUUUUGGAAACAUGUAAUGGAUGUUUAUGCUGUCCAUUAGCCUAG